AUGUCGGGGAUCGACUACUCCAAAUGGGACAAACUGAUCGACAGCAGCAGCGGCAGCAGCGACGACGACACCCAGCAUGAAUUGGACAGGUGCGAUGAGGGCCACCGCGGCGGCUGCAGAGUUCCGCAGGUGACACGGCUGAAAUAUCCGUCUCGCGUGAUUUUGGACUCGAAUGGAGUGCGGCUUGAAGAAGCACCACCCAAAGCAUUAGCCAGCCCGUUUUGCGGAGCUACUGCACCUCCCAGAGAAACGCAUAGUGACAGUGUUCUUGGGGCAAUCCCAUUCAACGAUGAGUCGUCUCAUGCUGGGUCCGACACCGCAGCGGGAAACGCGAGCAGCAACUCUAACGUCAAGACGGAGGGGGCCCGAAGUGCUGAUCAGGAACGUCUGGACGCUACCGAUGAUGACGAGGAUCUGCUCUACGAGAGCCUCGCCCGUAAUGGUGGUCGGGAAGGUUCCCAUCACUGGUGGACCCAGACCAAAGACACGGUCACCGUGAGCUUCUUGGUGCCCUGGGAGACGAAAGGCAAGUCGGUGACCGGGUUCCGUCUCUACGAGGCGCGUGCCGCGACGGCAUCAGGGUCCGAGCUACCCUACAUUCAUCUGGAAAUAGCGAUUCAGGUACUGCCAACCUGCUUGGCGUCGGCGAGUGGCGGCCCACCUGCUUCACCGGCGCCUCUACACAUACACGAAGUGUUCCGUUACCCUGUGAAGCUCUCUGAGGAUCUGAUUGACGGGUGCUGGCAGCUGCACUUCAUGCCAAAACGACAUCUGCGUCUUUUAGUCGUGCAGCUCUUCAAAGAACCGGUCGGUCUUGGUAUGACGCUGUGGUGGGACCGCUGCUUUGUAUCAGACACAAUUUCCGUCAUUGCUGACACCCACGCCAUUCCAGAUCGAAUGCAGCAGAUGGAAGCGACGCCAGAGUCGAAAGAGAAGGCGGUGCAGUUCCGCAAAGUCUGGGCCGAGGCGCACGAGGAGUUUCGUCGGCGUAUGCAAGAGCGCCGGCGGGAAAUCAGCGAGUAA